UCAUCUCCGCUUACGGCCGAGGAAAGUGAAAUAGGGAAAAAGGAAAGGGGGGAAAAUCGAGAAGAGGAAAAAAGAUCGCAGCUGCCAUGGGUGACGGUCGGAGCUCCGGUGGCGGCAGCAAUCGUCCGGCGUGGCUGCAGCAGUACGAUCUCAUCGGCAAGAUCGGCGAGGGGACGUACGGCCUCGUAUUCCUCGCCCGCACCAAGCAGCGCAAGUGCUGCAUCGCCAUCAAGAAGUUCAAGCAGUCCAAGGACGGCGACGGCGUCUCUCCCACCGCCAUUCGUGAGAUCAUGUUAUUGAGGGAAAUUACACAUGAGAACAUAGUCAAACUUGUGAAUGUGCACAUCAAUCAUACUGAUAUGUCCCUCUAUCUGGCAUUUGACUACGCCGAGCAUGACUUGUAUGAAAUUAUCAGACAUCACAGGGAAAAGCUUAACCAUCCAAUCAGCCAGUACACUGUAAAAUCACUGCUCUGGCAACUGCUCAAUGGUCUUAAUUAUCUUCAUAGUAAUUGGAUUAUACACAGAGAUCUUAAGCCAUCAAACAUACUGGUUAUGGGUGAGGGGGAGGAACAGGGGAUUGUGAAAAUUGGUGACUUUGGACUUGCAAGAAUUUAUCAAGCUCCUUUGAAGCCUUUAUGUGAUAAUGGAGUUGUUGUAACUAUAUGGUAUCGUGCUCCUGAGCUUCUACUUGGGGCUAAGCACUAUACAAGCGCUGUUGAUAUGUGGGCUGUUGGAUGUAUCUUUGCCGAGUUACUGACUCUAAAGCCAUUGUUUCAAGGGGUGGAAGUCAAAGGUACAACUAACCUCUUUCAGCUUGAUCAACUAGACAAGAUAUUCAAGGUAUUAGGUCACCCUACUCCAGAAAAGUGGCCAACCCUAGUUAAUCUUCCAUAUUGGCAAAAUGAUCAACAACAUAUUCAGGGGCACAGAUAUGACAAUCCUGGUCUCCACAGUUAUGUUCAUUUGCCUCAGAAAAGUCCUGCAUAUGAUCUCCUCGCAAAGAUGCUUGAGUAUGAUCCUCGAAAGCGUAUAACUGCAGUCCAAGCUCUGGAGCAUGAGUAUUUCCGGAUUGAUCCUCUGCCUGGUCGCAAUGCACUUGUACCAUCCCAACCUGGAGAGAAAACUGUUAAUUAUCCUGCUCGGCCAGUUGACACGACUACUGAUUUUGAAGGAACAACCAGCAUCCAACCUCCUCAACAGAUGCAAUCUGGAACUGCUGUUGGGAAUGCAACAAUGGUGGGUCCUAGACAAGUUCCUCGUCAAAUGCAGAUGGUUGGAAUGCAACGAAUGAAUGCUUUUAAUAUGGCCUCCCAAGCUGGUAUUAGUGGUCUCAACCCUGGAGGUAUCCCUAUGCAAAGGGGCAAUGCUGCUCAGGCUCAGCAGCAGCAGUUGCGGAGGAAGGAUCAAGGAAUUGGAAUGCAGAAUCCUGGAUACCCUCAGCAGAAAAGGCGCUUUGGAUGAGAUUGGAACUUGAUUCUUGAAUUAGGCUGGGAUUCUUUACUCACCCAUUCAUAGAAUGACACUGUCCUAGACGGUUUAAAUCAUUUCUAACCAGCAUAAAAUGGUGGCCUCGAUCUCAUGCAAGGCUCUCCUUCAGUGAGAAAAAGAUACACAGGGGAAGUAAGCUGCCAUCUUUGUAUAUAAAUUGUUCUAAGGCAUAGCAAUGCCAAUAUGAGUUGACAGUUGUUGGUUGUAAGCUCUGUUGGAGCCUGGAUCUCCCAACGCAAUGACUUCAGCAACUUUAGCAGAGAGAAAUGUAUCCAUAUGUAAUUUGUAUAAUUGAAUCCACAGAAAAACUGAAAUAGUUUUGUUAUCUGUCUCUUUUCCUUAA